CUCGGUGUCCAUCAUCAAUUUGUGAUUGUGAAGGGUCUCGAAGGAUAUAGCAGCAGGACACAUGCGGAUUCCUGCAAACGAAUCGGACAAGGAGGGCGAAGAGGAGGCUCCGAGCCGAUGAUUUCCACCGGGGUGGAGGGAAGAAUACCCUACAUGACCUACCCCGAGCCCUGGCGCGGCCCCCCAAAACAGCCGCCCGAGUUUCUGCGGCCCGCACCCAAACCCCUGCCUUCUACAAACAGGUAUAAUGGGAUGACGAAUGGGACGAGGUUGGCUCCACAACCGCACCGGCCGACCAGCAAGUAUCCAUCGCCGCCGGCGGUGGCGCCAGUGAACCUGACGCAGCAGCAGCAGCACAAGGAGGACAUCUCCGAGGAGCUGUCGUACACGGCCUACGCCAGGCUGUACCAUCCGCCCAACUUCGGUCCGUAUCCGACGACGCCAGCGCCGUACCUUUACCAGUCCCCGUACACCCCGUUGCUGAGGACCAGUUACGUGCAGCAGCAACAGCAGCAGCAGCCGCCGCCCCUCAGCCCAUUGGAAACUUAUGCGACGCCCACGACGCCGACGUCGGGCACCUACCUCUCCCCGCAAGCGGCGUCCACCUUCAGUCCACCCUCGACGUCCGUGAAGCCGGGACAGAGCGUGCUGCGCGAACGGAAGCAUCCCUCCUUCAAGGUGCCAUCCGGAAAGGAGGGAUCUCUGAAACAUCGCAUCUUGACGAGGCCCGAAGAUGCUUCGACCUCUUCGUCCUCCACCUUAUCUUCCUCCAACUCGACGGCACCACACUCUCCGCUCGAUCUGCAGCGGGACCAUCGGAAACUGCAACGACAGCCUUCGCUUCUCUCAUCCGCUCCAUCCUCAACUUCUACGUCUGCCACGUCGCCUCCACGAUCCCCAGCCACCAACAAAUCUAACCACCACCAUCAUCUGAACCAACAUCUGAACCACCACCAUCAUCAUCACCACCACCAGCAACAGCAGCAUCAAAGCAGCAACAACAAUAAUAACAACAACAAUAACAACGUGGUGCAGGCCAAGUUCAGUAAGGGCUCUCUCAUUCAGCUGGCGAGCGGGGAUUACAAGCGCAUAGAGGAUAUGCGGACGGAGGAUUUCGUCCUUUCGGCGGAGAAAUGCGAGGACCUUCGGCUGGCAGACAGCACGGUAGUGAAGAUAGUGGAGAACCCAAUCACCGGCACCGCCACCAUCACCCUUAGCUACAACCAGCGACGCACGCAGGUUGAUGUGGAAUCGGCGCUGGAUCAUCCGUUCUUCGUGUACGGGCAGGGUUGGGCCUCGUGCAGUAAGGAGCGAACUCUGCAGGCGUACGGUCUGAAGGUGCACACGCUGCAGGUCGGCGACAUCCUCAUCAGUUUGACGCCGAAGGAGGGCGGCGGCGGCGGUCCAGAGACGACGAAACCACCGUCAGCGAGGAGCGAGACCAUCAUCACGACGGCCACGACCACGUCGAUGACGGUGCGUCCGAUUUCCGCCAGAGACCAUCACCAGCACCACCAUCAGCAGCAGCAGAAUCAUCAUCUUCAUCAGCAACAGCAGCAGCAGCAGCAACACCUCCAUCAUCCGCACCAUCUGCACUUAGUCAACAAUCUGUUAAAGGAGCAGCAACAGCCGUCGCAGCCUCCUCCUCCUCCUCCGCUGUCGCCUGACCGGAAGCGGAGGUGGUCAGCACCCGAUCAGAUCGCCGAUGGUGAACCGGAAGCCCGGGUCAUCCGCAUGGAUUGAUUAACGGAUCCUAGAUGGCGAAAAACGAAAACAAACAAAAAAGCACAAGCGUCGUUGUUGACGAUGUUAUAUUCUUGUUGAUUGAUUUGUAAAUAUGUAUAAAACGAAGAGGAGUCGAGUUAAGAAGAAAAGAGAAAAUAUAUAUGUACAUGUAUAUAUAUUUGAAGAAAAGGAGCGAUCUCUGUCUCACAUUUCACAUUUGAAGCGAGCGAAAAAAAAAAAAGUUGAUAUGAAAAUUAUAUUAUUAGUGCAAUGGAUUUUUUUUCUUGUUGUCGUUGUUGUUGUUGUUUUGUUUAAACUUACUGUAUUAUACACGAACUCACAUCAAUUAGUCUUGUCAUGACAAUAUAUUAAUGGGAAUAAUAAUA